AGGAGACUGGCCCUUUAAGGGCCACCUCCGAGGAGGUGCCAGGCCCUGGUGGCUGCGCUCUGCUUCCUGGUUUUGCGGGCAGGGAUUGUCCGUGGGGCUGUGGGAGAGGGCUGUGUACAGUACCCGCCCAGGCGCCCUCGGCCUGACUCCAUGGCCCUGGUCACAGUGAGCCGCUCGCCCCCGGCCAGCGGCCACUCCACGCCUGUGGGGCCCGCGCAGGACCCGGCAGCCAGGCGCAGAAGCCAGCUCCAGCGCAGGCAGAGUUUUGCAGUGCUCCGUGGGGCUGUCCUGGGACUGCAGGAUGGAGGGGACAGUGGUGACACACCUGAGGCCAGCUCUGAGCCAGUGGAGGAACCCCCCAGCGAGGAACAGCCCCGGGGGGACCAGCCGGAUGGGCAAGGGCCCCAGAGUCCCAAGAAACAAGAGCAGAGGCAGCACCUGCACCUCAUGGUGGAAUUGCUGAGGCCACAGGAUGACAUCCACUUGGCAGCCCAGCUGGAGGCAGCCCGACCCCCAAGGCUCCGCUACCUGCUGGUGGUUUCCACACAUGAAUGUCUGAACCAGGAGGAGACAGUGCUCCUGGGGGUAGAUUUUCCUGACAGCAGCUCUCCCAGCUGCACCCUGGGCCUGGUCUUGCCCCUCUGGAGUGACACCCAAGUGUACCUAGAUGGAGAUGGGGGCUUCAAUGUGACAUCUGGAGGGCAGAGCCGAAUCUUCAAGCCCAUCUCCAUCCAGACCAUGUGGGCCACUCUCCAGGUACUGCACCAGGCAUGUGAGGCAGCUCUAGGUGGCGGCCUUGUGCCUGGUGGCAGUGCCUUUGCCUGGGCUGCCCACUACCUGGAGAGACUGAACUCUGACCAGAACUGCCUCAAUGAGUGGAUGGCCAUGGCUGACCUGGAGUCUCUGCGACCCCCUGGUGCAGAGCCUGGCCGGCCCUCAGAGCAAGAGCAGAUGGAGCAGGCGAUCCGGGCUGAGCUGUGGGAGGUGCUGGAUGCCAGUGACCUGGAGAGCAUCACUUCCAAAGAGAUCCGUCAGGCCCUGGAGCUGCGCCUGGGAUGCCCUCUUGAGCAGUACCGUGACUUCAUUGACAACCAGAUGCUGCUGCUCAUGGCCCAGCAAGACCGGGCCUCCCGGAUCUUCCCCCACCUCUAUCUGGGCUCCGAGUGGAAUGCAGCCAACCUGGAGGAACUGCAGAGAAACAGGGUCAGCCACAUUUUGAAUAUGGCCCGGGAGAUUGACAACUUCUUCCCUGACCGCUUCAUCUACUACAAUGUGCGCCUCUGGGAUGAGGAGUCAGCGCAGCUGCUGCCCCACUGGAAGGAGACGCACCGCUUCAUUGAGGCUGCAAGAGCCCAGGGGACCCGGGUGCUCGUUCACUGCAAGAUGGGCGUCAGCCGUUCGGCUGCCACAGUGCUGGCCUAUGCCAUGAAGCAGUAUGGCUGGAGCCUGGAGCAGGCUCUGCUCCAUGUGCAGGAGCUCCGGCCCAUUGUCCGCCCCAACCCCGGCUUCCUGCGCCAGCUGCAGACUUACCAGGGCAUCCUGACUGCCAGCCGGCAGAGCCAUGUCUGGGAGCAGAAAGUGGGUGGGAGCUCCCCAGAGGAGCCCUUAGCCCUUGAAGUCUCUACACCACUCCCACCACUACCACCAGAACCAGGGGGCAGUGGGGUGGUGAAAGUUCUGGGCUUGGAGGAGAGCCAGGCAGCCCCAAAAGAAGAGCCUGGGCUGCGGCCCCGAAUCAACCUCCGAGGGAUCAUGCGAUCCAUCAGUCUCCUGGAGCCCACCUCCGAGCUGGACAGCACUUCAGAGGCUGGUGACCUGCCAGAGGUUUUCUCUUCCCAUGAGUCUUCAGAUGAGGAGCCUCCACAGCCCUUCCCUCAGCUCCCAAGGGCCAAGGGAGGCCCAAGGGUCCACAAAGGGGCUUGGCCUGCCCUGAAGUCCCGCCAGUCUGUGGUUGCCCUCCAGACCGCUGCCCUGGUGGCCAACCAGACUCAGGCCUUCCAGGAGCAGGGGGAGGCUGGCAUGUCUUCCACAGCCAGGUUCCGAAAGAUGGUGAGGCAGACCAGUGUGGAUGAUGGUGGAGAGGAGGGCGGGGCCUGAGCCCUCCACAUACCCACGUUCCCCGAGACACUAAAGCGAGUGAUCCACAGCUCCUGGAGCAAGCACCCCUCACGCCUGUGGGCCUGCACACACUCCUCUCAGCUCCUUCCCAGUGGUCCCCAGGCCCCUGUCUCCCCUCCUACAGCCUUAAGUCUCAGACCCACGUCCUGUCAAGGGCUUAAGACUUUCUCUGCACUGGGGAUGUGGGUAGAGCUACUGAAGAUGCCUUUGCGGGCGGGAGCACCCUAGUUUUACUCCCAACUUGCCCUAAAACACUCACUUGCAGCCACAGAAUCAAAAAUGGAGCUUUUCAGGGCAGUUUUUUUGGCUUAUGCCUCCCUUCAACUCCAGCCCCUUCCAGCCCAUCCUCCCACUUCCCCCCAUUUCACUCCUGGAGACAGCUCGGCUGGGGAUCGAAGCCCCCAAAGGCAGACAGGACCCUCAGUCCCCAGAGAUGGAGGCUCCGAGAGCACUGACAGGUCACCUCCCUCACACACCUGAGGACUGCCCUGAGUCUCUGUGCUGCCCCCAGUCCUCCCAUGGCCCUCACUAGGUCACAAGGCACCAGGCUAAAGUCUUCUUGUCUUUCAUGGCCUCUGGCCAGGCAGUUUUUCAUGUUCUUAUAGUAUCUGGCUUUAUACUGAGAAAUAAAAGACAUUUUCAUAGUAA